AUGUCUCAACUAGGCAAUAGCCUCAACGGACCUGUAGGCUCGGAUGGAGAAGAAUUGAGCCGUUCAGACUCGCCGCGUGCAGCUGACAAGAAACCCGGUGAAAAAAAGCGAGGGUCUCGCAAUGUAUCAACCUUAACCCCUGCCCAACUAGCAAGGAAAAGAGCCAAUGAUCGCGAAGCCCAGCGGAACAUUAGAUUAAGAACCAAGGAAAAUAUUGAGCAAUUGGAAGCCCGCGUCGAAGAGCUUAUCAAUGGUCGUCACAACGAAGCAGAGCUUGAAGAGUUGCGAAGACGAAACGAAGCAUUGGAGCUGGAAGUAAGACAAUUGAAUGAAGCCCUAGUACAGCUGAGAGACGAUGACAGUUCAGGUCCUGAUCAGCCUAACGAAUCAACUUUUCUGAACAACGCAGAAAUUCCCGGUCCAUCGGCACAAAAUAUUCCUCAAGGAGUUUCCGCGACUGGGUCCAUUAAUUCGCACGAUUUUGAGGCGCCGUGGUAUCACCCGGCAACUUCAAUAAAUCCAAUUCAUACUCACACGCACCCACCCAGCGCUGUAUUUGCGCCUAUUGAUGGAGUAUCACAAGCACCAGAAUCAGCUUCUGUCAGCUCCUUAGAUGGGAACAGCCAUUUUCCAUAUUUUGGCCCAAAUCCCUCUGAGAAUCUCAAUGACGCAGACAUUUGGAUUCCAACAUCUCUUCCAUCAGAUGCCCUUCAAAGUACGAACUUAGCUGCCAUUUCAGGCCACGCACAAUCGCAGCCGACAUUACAACAAACCCCCGGCUCUUCAAUGAUCGUUACCAGCCAAACGAUUCCGCCACCUUUACCACCAUUCGAUGCACUUCAACCUUGGGCCCUGCCAAUACUGAAUACAACGUCACCGACAUGUGGAGUUGAUACCCUACUUCUAAACAUCAUACGCACGCAGAAAGAAAUUGCGAGACAAGGGGCAUCAGAAUUCGACAUAGUCGGACCUCCUCAACCUAGCAUGAAGGUUCUCAUUUAUCCUAAUGACCAAGUUCAUACUCAUAAUAUCUCCACAAUGAUCUCAAGACUUCUUACAAACCUCACGAUCAAGGGCCUUGCGGAACGAGCAGGUUGCCUCUACCUGAUGUAUCAUAUUUGCCAAUGGCAAAUCUAUCCCACAUCAUCGACGUAUGGCAAUUUGACAGACUGGACUUCGCCGCGAACUUCCCAGCUAAUUACGCCUCAUCCUGUAUGGGUAGAUUCAAUAUUUUGGGGCAAACUGAAGGAUAGGGUCAUUGAAAAACAAGACCUUUACGCCAACGAAGAAUUCCAAAAUGCAUAUAUAGUAUGCAUCAAUGUAAACUGGCCACGGCCCGACUUGGAGGCAUUCAGGUUCGAAGGUAACGAUAUAUUUAUCACCAAAGAAUUUGAGGAUCACAUCAAAACUCUAUCGAACUGGAGCUUGGACGAGAGAUUCGCCGCCAGGUACCCCGAACUAGCACCUUUGGCCAGGAUUUCGGGAGUGGGAGGCGCAGGACAACUAGGACUAUAA